AAUAAGGUUUGGUGUAAGAUUAUUUUUGAGACUUCCCUAGCGUUUGCUAUGAGUACUUUGCUUGAAUAAUUCGAAUAACAGAAGAAAUAAUGUUAUGAAAGUUAGCCAAUCGUCAGUGGCCAUCCAAGGAAUACCCCUUCGAUGUUAUAACGCAUGCGUUACUGUGGGAUCGUGUUCAUUUAGAUACUUCGGUGAUCGUCAAUUGAGUUGUUGAUCUUGAAGCCGACUUUAAGAUUUUUACUAUGGGCCCUAUAAAAGAUAUCUGUUGUUUAGGAGCGGGAUAUGUUGGUGGACCGUCUUGCAGUGUAAUCGCGCUAAAAUGUCCUGAUAUUCAAGUUACAGUAGCUGAUCUUAGCCAACAAAAAAUCGAUGCUUGGAACUGCGAUUCUCUGCCAAUAUUUGAGCCUGGGCUUGCUGAAGUUGUGAAAGAAUGUCGGGGAAGAAAUCUUUGGUUUACAACUGACAUCAAUUCAGCGAUAAAAAAGGCUGACUUGAUAUUCAUAUGUGUUAACACGCCAACAAAAACUUUUGGACUAGGAAAGGUAAGCUAAUUACCUCGC